AUGAAUUUAGCUAUGUUAGCUAAAUGGUGUUGGAGGUUUGGUAUUGACAAGAAUAAGCUUUGGUAUAAAAUUAUUACUGACAAACAUGGCAGUGAUUUUUCUUGUUGGGUACCUGUAUUUUUCCCUUCAUUGCAUAAGAUUGUGAGAAAUAAAAAUAAAAAACUUGCAGAUGUUGUGUCUCAAGAUGGUAGCUGGAAUCUUAACUUCAGAAGGUUGCUAUCACAUACUGAAACAAAUGAUCUUGCUGCUCUUUUCAUGGUCAUUGGAGAUUCACCACCUGUUUUGGACUCUGCUACAGAUACUAGAAGAUGGACACUUAAUAGUUCCAGAAUCUUUACUGUAAAAUCUUUAUAUUCUAAGCUCGUUGAAGGUUCUGGAAUUGAAAAAUUUCCUUAUUAUUUCAUCUGGAAAGCAACUAUCCCUCCAAAAGUUAAGUUUCUAGUCUGGUGUGUAAUCCAUGACAAGCUUAGUACUAUCGACAAGCUUCAGGUUAAGGGAGUUAAUCUUUACAAUUCCUGCAUUCUCUGUGGUAAUACAAUAGAAACUCACGAACAUCUUUUCUUAUAUUGUAAGAUUAUUCAUAAGAUUUGGUGUACAGUCUUUCCAGGUGGUAAUUGGGCGUGGGUUUUUCCUUUUUCUAUGCGUCAACUUGCAGAAAUGUGGGAUCAACAAUCUUAUUUUUCUCUUUCUGGCAAAUUCAUUUGGGGCGUCAUUCUAGCUGCAGUGAUUUGGGUUGUAUGGCUUGAAAGGAACUGUAGGACCUUCGAAAAGAAUUACAAUUUUAAAAUGGAUGAUGAGUUGUUAAAUCUAUUGUUCUUAGCUGGGCUGUUGCUGCUGGACAUAGAGUUCAUUUGA